UUAGCAACGAGCUGCACAGUACGUUUAAAAAUCACGUAAUACGCCUAAGAUAGUUAGGGUGUUACAGGAAUCCUUUGAAUUGAAAAUUGAUUCAUUCAAAGGUAGAAUUCAGCAUGGGAUUUUAAUGAAAAAUAAGAAGGCAGAGAAGGGAGGCCAGUAUGAUGGUUGGUAUAGGGCUUUGGGAUGUCCAUGGGUUUUUACGGUUUGGUUUUAUGAAUGCUAUCCUGCUAUGGUGAAUUCUUUCUGUAAAAGAGUUUCAUCUUCUAUUCCAAGGAUUCUGAACUGGAGCAACACCAUUGUCACCAAAAACCCAACUCUUCGAGACUUGAAGGGCAAGAUUUUUGAUUUGCCGUUGAACAAGUUGAAGAUCAAAAACAUGUGUCCUACUGAUGAAGAGAGGCAGAAGCUUCAACUUGACGGUUUAUUUCUUGAUGAGUCUAUUGAUGACCGUGGUGUAGCGAAGCAAUCAUUUGAGAGUGGGUCAUCUUCAAAGAAAUCUGAUUCAACGGAUAUUGAUUUGAUGAAAUCUAAGUUGGAGAUGGUCAUUUCGAAUCAAGCAUCAUUGGCCGAAGACUUCAUAUCCUUGAGGUGUUUUGUUGAUCUUAAUUUCAAGUCCGUAAUGACUGUAAUUACGGAUAUUCAGGAGAAGGUUAAUGCCAUUCAUCGUCGUCCUUCUGAUGAGGUAUUUAUUCAUAGUUUAUUGUUUAUAUUUUUUCAUACUUUUUUUUUAGUUUCCUUACUGUUUCAUUUAAGUUGCAUUUAUGUUGUUUGAUUCAGGGAAAGUCAUCUGAUGAAUUAGUAACUCAAGAUUCUAAUGAUGAUGAUGAUGAUGAUGAUGAUGAUGAUGAUGAUGAUGAUGAUGAUGAUGAUGAUGAUGAUGAUGAUGCUGAGGAUGAUGAGAAGGAACUGCCUGAUCCAGAAAAUAUGGAUUUCGACUCCGACGAUGGUGGUGAGUUGGUUAAAGUUGGUGGUGAUGCUGAUGAUGCUAAAAAAGGUUGUUACUGAUGUUGCCCCUGCUGAUGUGAAUCCAUCUGAGGCUGUUGGAGGGAGUGAUGAAAAUGCUAAGGAUGUUGAGAAGCCAAAGGGCGAUGAGUCUCGAUUAAAGGGGGAC